AUGCUUUUGAGGGGACUCGCGAGAGAAUUCGAAAGCACUGCACAACCAUCAGGGUUGUGGGUGCCGAAUUUCCUCCAGAGGACCCCGAGGUCGGCAGAGGACAAGGCAUCAAGAGCGCAUAACAAAAACGAAAGCGACGUUGAUCAGAAGGAUGAUGAUGGAGCACCAAUGGAUGCGGUGGAUUGGUGCAUAGGCAGUAGGGCGGCAAAAGAUGGGGGACCUUGCCUCUGGGACCUUGCAGGGCAGGAGGUUGCUCAAGGCUCUCAGUCGUUUCAGGAGCCGGCAGUCACGGCAGAAACAAACGGUGCAGGUGUUGCUGCAGAAAAACCGUAG